CUUCUUCACUGACCUUUGUCACACAAAGCAUGCGUCCUCCGGUCUGAAAAGGGCUUUGAGACGCGGUCUCUCUCCUUUUAGAGGCCUUAUUCCCAUGAGCAGCAGCAAUGCAGAGGCUAAGGAGUUUCUCCAUCAAGACCACGAGGAUCCUGGUUUUCUCAUUCACCAUCCCCUCCUCUCUCCUCUUCUGCUUCCUUUUCUCUUUCUGGGUCCUCAACACCACCCCCUCUGGCUUGACAGAAUCUUAUCCCCAUCUCAGUGGAGACCCCGGAACCAUAAAAGCUAAGGCCUUUGCUGAUUCCGGCGUCACUCUCUUUGUUAAUGGGUCUAAAGAUGGUAUUUUGGGAGGAACCCCGUUCAAGGAAGCUGGCAAUUUCUCUGUGGAAGCUCUGGAUUUAGGAAAGGAGGGAGAAAGCGGGAUUUUGGUGGAUGCCCCAGUGGGAGAAGCUGGUGGUUCUUCUGGAGAAGCACUAGAUUCAAUUGACGACGGGAAAGUUGCCAUUUUUAAUGAUGUCCAUUGGAAAGGAAUCAUUAAUUCCUCUGACGAAGCUCUACAUUCGGUUAACGAGAGGAAGAACAGCGAUCUGGCUGUUGUCGACCUAAGGAAAAGCUCUCAAGUUUCUCAGGAAGGCCUAGAUUCAGGUGCUCCGAGGGCUGAUGGAAAAAGCAACGAGUUUGAUGCUCAAAGGGUAAAAAAUGAGAAAUUUUUGGCGAAAAAUUUGAUCAGAGAUGCGAAAUCUUAUAAUGCCUCUGGGGAAAAAACAUCUUCAGUGGGGGAGACAAUUGAGGGUGAGGGUGCAAACACCUGUGAUGUUUCCCAUGGAAGAUGGGUUUUUGAUGAGAGUUAUCCUCUCUACACAAGCAGCUCUUGCCCCUUUAUAGAUGAAGGAUUUAACUGUGAGGCUAAUGGGAGAAUGGAUAAAGACUACAUGAACUGGAGGUGGCAGCCAUAUAAUUGCAACAUCUCAAGGUUAAACCCCAUAAAAAUGCUGGAGUUGAUUAGAGGAAAGAGACUGGUAUUUGUGGGAGAUUCUAUUAACAGGAACCAGUGGGAAUCCAUGCUUUGUUUGUUACAAGGUGCUCUAUCAGAUCCUAGGCGAGUUUAUGAAGCUCAUAGGCGGAGGAUCACGAAAGAUAGGGGAAUUUAUCAAUUCAAAUUUCCGGACUACCAAUGCAGUGUUGAAUACUACGUAACUCAUUUCUUGGUUCAUGAGAGUAAGGCAAGAGUACGACAAAGGCGGGUGAAAACCCUACGAAUUGAUACCAUAGACAGGAGUUCGUCAAAAUGGAGAGGAGCUGAUAUCCUUGUAUUUAAUACUGCCCAUUGGUGGUCACACCACAAAACAAAAGCUGGAGUAAAUUACUACCAGGAAGGAGACCAGGUUCUUCCCCACCUUGAUGUGUCCACUGCUUUCAGAAAAACUUUGAUGACUUGGGCAUCCUGGGUUGACCAACAUGUUGCUCCGGGGAAAACUCGAGUUUUCUUCAGAACUUCAGCACCAUCACAUUUCAGUGGUGGUGAAUGGAAUUCUGGGGGACACUGCAGAGAAAGUACCCAGCCCCUAAAUGACACCUCUGGCAGACAAAUUUCAGAAAAGAACAUGAUCUUGGAGCAGGUUGUAAAGCAAAUGAAAACCCCAGUAACUAUCCUGAACAUAACUAACCUAUCUGGACUUCGAAUAGAUGGUCAUCCAUCUAUAUAUGGGAGAAAACCUGAGAGUGGAUCCCCAACAGGCAUUCAGGACUGCAGCCAUUGGUGCCUUCCUGGAGUUCCAGAUACAUGGAAUGAGCUGCUAUAUUUCCAUCUACUAUCUAGACAAAUACCAGUGUCUACAAGUCAGCAAUUAUAGUCUGCCAACUUUCAAUUCCUCCUAUGCCUUGAACUGUUCACGAAUUCUUUUUAUAGCACCCCACUUUAUACAACAAUUGCCUGUAGUACUUGCUUAUAUAUUGAUUGGAACAGUUGGCAUGUGACGGUGAAACUUACAUAAGAAAGAAAAGCAAGAAUUUUUUGGGGUCAGCCUGCUGUACCGUAUAUCUGCUCUGCUGUAUUUCAUGUACAAAAUUAAGUUAAUCAAAUUGUUUUGUAAUCUAUGAUUGUUGUAAUCCCAAUAUUGUUUAUUCAAUGAUUGACA